ACAUGUCUGUCCAAUUUACGAGUAUGGCUGUCUAAAAACACCGUCGCCGUGACGGGUUGGGCCAUUGCCAUUCUUGGCCUGCUCUUUGCUGCUACCUCCUUGGGACCAGGUUUCGAGAGUCAAAACUUGUCCAAGCAGGCUCUAGAGUUGGCCCAGUGGACGGCUCUGAAAGACUAUAUCGCGCAAUGCCAGAGUGCUGCGGACUCUGGAGUUAUAAAGCCAGAGUGCGACGAAGCUUUGGCUUCAACUCUGCCACCACCUCCACAUGUUAACUUCGAAUCACCUGGUACCGAUAGAUCGCUCAUUCCGAGAGCUUCCCCCAAGCUUUUCUAUUGGCACGAAACAUGUUCUCCUUCGGCAACACGAGGGAAGCCAUGGUCAUCAGACAUGAUUGUUAUGGUCCUGCUGCUGGUUUUGUCACCCAUCUUGGUAUACUUGGAGCGCACCCGAAAGAGUCUCAAUCGGAUGGAUGAGGAGACGGUUUUCGUUGAGUCGCCAAAUGUUCCGCGAUGGAGUUUCUUCAAGCGGCUGAAAGUCAUA